GCAACGUAAAGUAUAUCAGUAAUUAAGAAGAUAUAGAAAACAAUAUAUUCACUUAUUAAUUGAUGUCAGAAUCUUUUCAACUAGCAGAGGGUGAGCAUCGUUACGCCAGAAUAAAUGUUAGCAAACCUCGUGAGUACUGGGAUUAUGAAUCGUUAAAGGUAGAGUGGAAUGGUCCCGAUAAGUAUGAAGUGGAGAGAAGAAUUGGACGUGGCAAGUACAGUGAUGUUUUCUUAGCAUAUGAUACAGAGUUAUGCAGAAGAGUUUCUAUCAAAGUUCUGAAGCCGGUAAAAAAGAAGAAGAUCUUGCGGGAGCUGAAAAUUCUUAAAAUCCUCAAGGGUUGUCCAAACAUUGUUGAGCUGUAUGACACGGUUCGAGAUCCUAAUAGCAAAAUACCAUCAUUUGUUUUUGAGUACAUUGAAGCAUCCGAUUUUCGGAGCUUGUUUCCCUAUUUUUCAGAUUUAGAUGUCCGGAAUAUUAUUUAUCAGGUCCUCCUAGCCCUGGAGUACGCACACUCACGAGGCAUCAUGCACCGCGAUGUGAAGCCAAAUAAUAUAUGUAUAGAUUUUAAGCAAAAAAAAUAA